AUGCGGUUCUCACGCGUUGUACCAGUCCUGCCUCUGGCGACUGCAUUUGUCAUUACCGAACCGGAAGUCUUCUCCAACAUCAACAUUGAGAAGUCUGGAAAGCAGCUUGUCGAUGGCGCUCACAAUGUUUUUGACAACGCCCAGAGCGUGCUUGACGAUGCGUUCAGCAAGGUCAAGAACGGUGCCAAGGAUGUUUACAGCAAGAUCCAUCAUGCUGGCGCCGACGUUGAGUCGUGGUUAGAGGAAAACCAGUUCGACGACAGUGUCGUUGACUUUGAGGACCCUCAUCACGGCCACGACGGAUCGCCACACCAUGGCAAACCUCACCACCCUCCGCAUGACCAGAAGCCGAACCGCACAGUCUACGAGCUCAUCAACGAGAGCAAAUACACUACAAAGCUCGCAAAGUGGAUCAACGAGUUCGACGACAUCGUCGAGGCGCUCAACAGCACAAAGGCAAACUACACCGUUUUCGCCCCAACAGACGAAGCCUUUGAGAAGAUCCCCGAGCACCACCACAAGCCUUCCAAGGAGGUUCUGAAGGACAUCCUCCUGUACCACGUCACCGACGACUUGUACCCUGCUGGCCGCGUACUCAAGACCUACACCAUCCCAACCCUCUACCAGCCCUCGAAGCUUCUUGGCCACUCCCAGCGCCUAACCGUCCGCGUCACGCUCAAGGGCCCCGCAAUCAACUUCUACAGCCGCCUCGUAGCCGUCAACAUCUUCGGCACCAACGGCGUCGUCCACGGCGUCGACUCCAUCCUCGUGCCUCCCCCCAACGUCGCCUCCAUCAUCGACCUGCUCCCCGGCGAGUUCAGCACGCUCGAGCUGGGUCUAGGAAAGACCGGUCUGUUCGACAAGAUGAACAGCACGGAGUACGAGCACAACGGCGGAACUUUCUUCGCCCCCAACAACUUUGCGUUCCAGAAACUUGGUGCGCGCGCCAAUGCUUUCUUGUUCUCAAAGUACGGCGAGAAGUACCUCAAGGCUCUGCUCAAGUACCACAUCGUUGUUGAUGAGACGCUUUACUCGGAUGCGUUCUACGAUGGAAGGAAGAAGGGUGACAAGGACUCUGUUCAGGAGCGUCCGGGUGGCUACCACUACAUGCCUACUGCGCUUUGCGGCAAGAACCUCGCUGUUGAUGUCGGCCGCUACGGACCUUUUGUUGAGAUUAGGAUCAAUGGCUUCUCGCGCGUCACUGUCCAUGACGGUGUUGCUAGCGAUGGUGUCAUUCAGGUCGUCUCCAACGUCUUGAUCCCACCCAAGACCGCUGGUGGCGAGCAAGUCUUCUGGAAGGGUGAGGAGCUCGACGUCGAGGACCUCAAGGAGCGCCUUCAGCCUCUUGUUGAGAACAUGGAGUUGUAA